AUGCUAGACAAAAAUAGAAUCUUGCGAAUCCGCAAGAAGAAAGAUGGCUCCGUGAAUGACGCCUCUAACUCAAGAAAGCGUUCCCUUCAGUCACCCACAACAAGCAUAACAAGUUUCACAUCGACUCCGCUGCCAUCAAGCAAAUCGGGAUAUUUUAACGAAAGUAACGAAAACAAAAAACCUCUGUUGAAACGAAGCACUGGAUCAUUAUUACUUUCGGCCCAUCGUAAAUCUCAAUCUGAAGAGGAUGAAGCCGAUAGGAAUGAUAACCUACUCAACACGACAACGUUCAACUCUGUUAAGCCACUUCCUUCUGCUUUUCAAUCUACAGGUUUAUUAAGCAAGAAGAAUGCGGGCCCCAUCCAAGCGUCUAAGACUAUGCCCGAGACGCCUUGCAAAAAGAUACGACAGCCGUUGAAACCUCUUGUAACAAACACAACUCCUUUUGCACAGUCGCAUGUGAAUUCAACCUCUUCUUCUAACUCUUCUGGAUCGGGUCGUAGAUCGAAGCUAAAGAAGGUGGUAAAUACCUCUGAUUUACAAAGCUGUAUCCUACGGUUUGCCGACGAAUUUGAUGAUUUCUACAAUGGUGAAAACAACAGUUCAAUUUUCAGGGAGAGAGACAUGGAUGAAGAUCAUGAGGAUGAGGACAUUGAUUUGAGCAAUUUGGACGACGAGCAUUUUACAGGGUUUCAAGGCUUUGAUGCGCUGGAUAAUUUUCCGCCUACCCCUACCAAGUUGCAUCAAUCCAGCAGUAAAAAAAUGCCAUUGGGAGUUACUUUAAUGAAACGCAACAAUAUGAACUCCAAGAACAGUCCCAGUGUAGCCGACAGAACCAACAUUAGCAUGAAUGGUGAUACCACUCCACGAACCCCAAUUGAACCUCUUUUCAACACAACGAUAGACAGCUUCGGAACUUAUAACACAACCAACCCCACACCUAUGGUCCAGAGAAAUAUGAAUCCUAAUCAAUAUAAAUCUGAACAGCUGCCACACUCUUAUAAUGACUUUACGAAUGAAUUUUUCACCCAACAAACACAGACUUCUGUGGCUAUGGAUGAGCAUCUCUUUAGCCGGUUUAAAAAUGGUUCUGUUGUUGGCUCUGGCGAGUUUUCAAUCGUCUACGAAGUACAAUAUCAGGGAGUCAAAUAUGCUGUUAAGAGAAAUAAAAACAAGCUGGCUGGUCCCAAAAGCCGUUUACGAAGGUUAGAGGAGGUGGAAAUUUUGCAGACUUUGCAACGUAAUGUACCUGAUGACUAUGAAGGCUCUGAAUACACGUUACAAUUCAUUGAUUCUUGGGAGUAUCAAAACUACCUCUACAUUAUGACAGAAUAUUGUGAGAAUGGAUCUCUGGAUAGAUUCCUCUUAGAAAAUGGCAAAAUUACUAGGUUGGAUGAAUGGAGAGUGUGGAAAAUUUUAGUUGAAAUACUAAUGGGUCUACGAUACAUUCAUAAUAGUGGGAUUCUUCAUCUAGAUCUGAAACCUGCUAAUAUAUUUAUAACAUUUGAGGGAUGCUUGAAAAUUGGUGAUUUCGGAAUGGCUUCCAAACUACCGAUUCCUCCUUUUUUUGAAAGAGAAGGAGAUAGAGAGUACAUUGCUCCAGAGAUAAUAUCAAAUCAAAUUUACGAUAAGCCAGCAGAUAUAUUCUCUGUUGGACUUAUCAUGGUCGAAAUUGCUGCCAAUAUCAUAUUACCGGACAACGGAUUGAGUUGGCACAAGCUUCGUUCAGGGGAUCUUUCUGAUGCCGGUAAGCUGUCAUCUACCGACCUCAACAGGCAACUUCUUCAAUUUCAGAAAGAUCAUACGACACCAAACACAUCCAUAAUGUCCUCAGUUUUCACUCAUGAUAACAAUAGCGGCAGUUCAUUUUUAAACCAUCCAACAUCGGCAGCCACUACUUCAUCGUCUGGUACGACAAACACGACAUAUUCUUCCAAAGUAAAGUCAAAGCUUGGUGUCCCGCCAUGGGCUCCAGAGUUUUUAGUAGAUGGCGAAGGUAUUCUAGAUACCUUAGUGAAAAUGAUGAUUAAUCCGAACCCAAGCAUGAGGCCUGACGCUAAUGUUAUUCUGAACACAUUUGAAUGUCAAUUAGUAGAGCUUCGAAGAAAGAGUGGAGCUGUUGUAUAUGAAGGUGACUUCGGCCCUUAUCCGGAUGAACAGGAACUUAAGCUAGAACAACAACUUAGCUUACAAUCUAGGGAGUACCCAAUGAUAAAACAUUUGUAA